AUGCUCCUGUCAGACACCGAGAAGUCAGUGUCCUUGGACAUGUUUCCAUCUCCUGGAAGCAGCGGAGUGCACACCUCCUGGAACCAUGGCCCAUCCAUUCACUUUCCUCGACGCACACAGCUGGAGAGGGUCCCUGUGGUCUCUGCUGAGACACCCAGGCAGAAUGCAAGUGAAAUGGGGCCACGGUUCAGCAUGUUGCUGCCUGAGCUUGGUCUGAACUACUGCCCUCAAGUGACUGUUACUGCUUCUCCGAUCAUUUACUCUCAGGGUGUAUCUUCCUCCCAGCCAGAAAUGAUGAUUUUCAAGGGGCCCCAGACAAUGCCUUCAGGAGAUCCCAGUAUUCCAGGGAUGGCCAUGACCUUCGGUGAGAGUUUAAGGGUGGCCCCCAGCGGGUUGCCAAUCUCAGCUCCCAGUGGCAUCCCAAUGAUGUCUCACAUCAAGGUGCUAACAAUGCCUUAUUCCGGCCCCCAAGCAGUACCUUCUAACAGAGACUCUUUAACACCUGAAAUGUUAUUGGGCCCAACCAUGCCUUCUACUGAGGCCCAGGCAGUGCUCCCUCCUGUGGCUCAUAUGUUACCCUCUACAAAUCCCCACGACUUUGGGAUGCCCCCAACUGGUUCCCCAUCGCUGCUGGCUUUAGAAUCCCAGGACUCUGUGAGCCAGCCAGGUUCCCAGGAAGACCCCUUCCUACCUGAGCAGCCAAUACCUGUUCCACGUAAAGCAGAGCAGAACUCCGUGGCCCAGGAAAGGGCUCCCAGGAGGAGAUCCCCCAUCUCAAGGCCUUACCGCUGCCAGCAUGAGAGCUGUGGAAAAGCUUAUACUAAACGCUCCCACCUCGUGAGUCAUGAGCGCAAACACACAGGCGAGAGACCCUACAAAUGCAUGUGGGAAGGCUGUACGUGGUCUUUCUUCCGUUCAGAUGAGCUUGGACGACAUAUGCGUAUCCACACCAGAUAUCGACCAUAUAGAUGUGAUCAGUGUGGCCGAGAGUUCAUGAGAUCUGACCAUCGCAGGCAGCAUCAAAGGACUCAUCUGCGGGUGCCAGGAUCUCCACACCGACCAGCCAAUGAUGGACACAUGGCUGGUCCUCCUGUUGCUGGUCUGUAG